GAUCCCAACGACGACGGCACCGACUCAGCACAAUCAGAGGAAGCAGGCGAUGACAACACUCCACGCCCCAAUCGAUUCCAACAAAACCAGCCUCAGGAAUGGGCUCAUCAUAUCUCGACCGGCUCCGCACGCACCACCUCGUCGUUGGCGUCGAGUGUUUCCAGUCGCUCCGCACCCGCCCUGAAGAAGCCAAAAUCAGUGUCUAGCCGCACAUCGCCCUCGCGACAGAUUCGCAAUGCCCAAAUGAACGACACCGGCUUCAACACUGGCAGUUUCAUACUCGACACAUACCCCGACUCUCUUGAUAAGCUGCUCAAUGAGCUUCGGGAUAUUGCUGAAGGACGGGGCAUCCUGCCAGCUUCCCCCGAGAACAAGUUGCCGCCCCGUUCCAGAAUCUCGCCAUCCGCCUUCGACCACGACGAAGCCGCACGAUCCGAGACUGAGGACACAGCUAGCUUCUUACCACCGUUCGAUUGGGUAAAAGGAAUGAUGAAGCGCGCUGAGGAGUGUAGAGUCAAUCGAGAAUGUGAGACGUCUUGGAAUGGGGAAAUUCAUGCUCCGAUCCUUCAAAGCGUCUUCCGGAAAAGCCAGUUCACGAGUGAUGGGCCUGCCGACUUUCGAUGGUCUCAGGCCGCGCAAAUCAUCACGGAAUACAGACCCGAAGAAGCACCAUCCAAGAUGAUUGACUUUUGCAUCUUUUACCGGCCUGAUAGAGGAAGCAAUGUGGAACAGGCCAUCAAUGACUUGUGCAGAGUACGGCCCGCCCAGUCCAUCAACCACACUGACCUGGGGGACCUCUGCACGCGCCCUAUUGCCCUCUCAAUUGAGACUAAGCGUCCCGGAGUGGAGGGUGAUAAUGCAGAACUGCAGAUGGGCACAUGGCACUCUGCCCAGUGGCGUAGCCUAAGGCAGAAUCGUCGUGGACGCUUGAGGUCUAUCGAGUUCCUCCCGGGCAUCAUCGUGCAGGGUCACAACUGGCAAUUUGUGGCCAGCGUCGUGGAUGGCAGUGGCAAGUCUUUGCUGAUGACGGGAGAGCGUAUUGGCGGGACUGACUCGCCAAUGGGUAGUUACUCAUUGCUGUUGGCGUUGCGGCGGUUGAGACGAUGGAUUAUGGAUGAGUACUGGCCUAUGUUUCUUUCAGAUGUGUUGGAUAUUUCUUCUCAAGAUACCCCGGCCUGA